AUGAGAACUGCAUUUUGGAUCAAACACCAAAUCCCUAACCAAAAUCCAAAAAAACAGCAAAUAGUUUCAAUUUUAAGUUUAAUCUGUAAAAAUAGAGAAAUUUUCCCGUAGUUUUUAAAAAAGUUAUAUUAUAAUUAAGAGGAGAUGGAGGGUGUAGGUGGAAGAGAAAAAGAAGAGGAACAAGAUGGCAUUUCCGUACACUCCCCUUGCAAAGCUCCGCUUUCCUCCGCCUCCUCUGUCCCUAAGGAGCAACAACAGGUAGAAUUGGAGCUGAGGCUACUGCAAGCACUUGAAAUUUAUCCUCCCGUCAAAUUACGAGGCAUGCAUCGCCACUUUGUCCUCUAUGGUCUGAUGGAAUUCCUGCAGAGAAGAUUUGACCGGCAUUUUUCUCCAGAUGAGGUUUUGCAGUUGCUAGAUCGUUUCUACAACUUAGAAGUGCUGAAACCAGAUGAUGAAGAGAUUGAUAUCCUAAAUCAUGAAGAAGACUUUUGCUUGCCACAAAGUUAUUUUGUCAAGGAAGAAUCUUAACUCAAUUUUGGGGUAUCCAUUUUGUCCCCCACUUUGUUCUUUAGCUGAUCUAAUGCUUUUAACUGUUAUGAUCUUCCUAGAUCAUAUUACAGAAUAUUAUUGUAAAAUCAGGUUGCAAUUUUGAUGGGAUGUAAUUAUUGGCUCUAGCAUCUUUUGAGAG